AGGAAACGGUGCUGGGGUACGGGUAGCGGAGGAAGCGGCGGCGGCGGAGGGUACGGGUUGUUUACCCCGACGUCAGGAGAACGGUAAGGGGAGUAGCGCCACAGGAGAUGCGUCUGCGCUGGAAGUAGUGCAGGGUAGGAACGCGGAAUCAGCGGAAGCGGCGUUGUACGAGUGGGUGUUGGGCGUGGCUCGCGCGACGGCUCGCAACCGCUCCAGCAUGUUGCAGGAUGUGGCUGCGGGGCGGCGCACGGAGGUGGACUACCUGAGCGGGUGGGUGCUGCGGGUGGCGGCGGCCCGGGGGGUGGCGGCGCCGGUGAAUGGGGCGCUGUACGGCAUGGUGAGGCGUUGCAGUGGUGUGCGCAUGUGGGGCAUCAUGCAUGCAUGCGUGUAGAAGAGGUGACGCAUUUCGUUUAAAGGCUCUGUCGUGCAGCCCCUGAAACUUGACAGAAGCUGGCAAGCUGCUAUUCGUAGUGUUUGGGGUUAGAGCCUGUUGUACUGUUGGAUGUUGCCGGUAUUGGCGGUACCUCUUGUUGAAUACUGCGGCUCGGAGCCCAUGGCAAUUAUCGCCCAUCAUGCGCUCUAACGGCGAGUUUGGUAUGACAUUGUUUUCUUGGUAAGUUGACUUGAGAGGGGGGGGCAAUGCUUGUGUUGCGUUAGGCAGGUCAGGGGCCGUUUUACGUGCCAUUCUGUGCGUGCCGUAGCGGUGUGUUAAGGAAACAGGCCGGUGUGUUAUAAUAACUGGCCGCGAGGCCGGUGUGUGUGACAGGCAUGGUACUGGCGACUCUUGACUGCUCUAUGCGUGUUGAAGGCAACGUGGGCGGGUGUUGGAGAAGCCGGGAAGAAGGGAGCACGUUGGGGACUACAUUGUACGGCCGGGAAGCUGUGGAC